GACGCCGUUGUUUUCGCAAUUACACAACCUUUAUCGUAAAGUCGUGUAAAUAUACAUUUACAUUUAUUGUAAAGUUGAUAAACAAAGAGAUAUGGAGCCUCGGGAUCUCGAUGUGAUCGGAAUAAUUACUUUUGACGGCAUAACGAAGAAUGCUCUGCGAUUGCAUCCGGAUGAGGAGCACCUCCUCUAUCCGAUGGGCCACAAGGUCGCCAUCAGGAACAUCGAAACCGGUGAGCAGCGAUUUCUCAGCGGCCACACGAACAAUGUCUCGACAUUGUGCGUCUCUCCGUGCGGCGAAUACGUCGCUUCCGGCCAGAACAAUCAUCUCGGUUUCAAAGCCAUGGUGAUUGUGUGGAAUUACAAGGAAGGCACGAUGAAAGGCAGCUACGAGACGCACAAGGUCGACGUCGUGGACCUGUGCUUCACCUGCAACAGCGACUUCCUCGUGAGCCUCGGCGGCAAGGACGACGGCAACGUGAUCAUCUGGGACGUCCAGGAGAAUUCUCCUAUUUGCGGAUCGUUCGCCAGCAACGAUACGAGCGGCAACGCGUAUAACGUUACGAGGACGCAUCUUCACGGCGAGUACUUCAUUACCGCGGGCGACCGGACGCUAAAGAUCUGGCGGAUCGAGGCGGAGAAGCGUCGGAUGCACGGUCUCGACGUGGAAGUGGGCAAGCUGAAGCGCCUCGUCAACUGCGUCGUCGUGGACGAGAGGGAUGAGAUCGCCUACUGCGGCACUUCUUCCGGUGAUAUCAUUAAAGCAAGAUUGAACUUGCGCGACGAUCUGCAAUACGGAGAGCCGACGCGCUUGUCGGUGCUGAUCGGCUGCUACUCGAAGAUAACGCGCGACCCGAGGAAAAUGAAGAUGGGCGAGGGCGAUCUGUACGCGGGCGGGGUGAGGUGUUUGCUGCUUCUGAAGGACGGUAAACUGGUGGUCGGUACUGGCGACGGUACCGUCGAGUUGAUCCAAAUAAUAAACAUAAAGGAGAGCCGAACGCACAAGCCGUCAAAGUUCCCUAAUACGCCGCAGAUACUCACUCAUCUAACAGAAAAUGUGUGCAGCGCCGUGACGUCCAUGGUUCUGCACAAGAACGAAUUCGUGCUGCUCGGGACGUCCUGGUGCGAGAUCUAUCAGAUUCAGCUGUCAAAUUUUCACAUGCGCCUGCUCGUCACCUGUCACACCAGCUGCAUAUACAGCAUCGCGUUCCCGCGCAAUCAUUCGGAGGUAUUCGCAACAGGCAGCAAGAACGACGUCAGACUGUGGCGACUGAACCAGCAGAAGGAGAUAGUUCGUAUCACUGUAGCGAAUUUCAUUUGCUCUAGUCUACUUUUCGUGCGCGACGAUCAAAUGCUGCUUUCUGCUUGGAACGACGGCAUAAUAAGAGCGUUCUCUUCGCACAACGGCGAGUUUUAUUUUUCCAUUCAUAACGCUCAUACGAAAGCCGUGUCAACGAUCGCUGUCACGAGCGAUGAUACUACGCUGAUUAGCGGUGGCUGCGACGGCCAGGUGCGUGUAUGGGACAUAAAAACUGACGUGCGGCGAUUGAUUACUAUACUGAAGGAACAUCGGGGCCCGAUAACGUCUUUGCAUGUCUCGAGCAACAACGAGGACCUAAUCAGCUCGAGUACGGACGGCACGUGCGUCGUCUGGGACAUAAUACGCUACAACAGGAAACACAUUCUCAUGAACAACACGAUGUUUAUGAUGGCGCAAUUCACGCCCGACGGUAUUCAAAUUUUGACAUGCGGCACGGAUCGGAAGAUCGCCUACUGGGAGACUCUGGACGGCUCGCUGGUGCGGGAUAUCGAAGGCUCCAGCGCCGGUACGAUAAACUGCGUGGACAUCAGUCCGGACGGCCGCUACUUCGUUACCGGAUCCAACGACUGCACCGUCAAGAUCUGGGAGUACAAUAGCGCGGAUCUCACCCACGUUGGCACUUUCCAUGCCGCGAUAAUCACCGCGUGUAAGUUCAGCACGGACGGCAAGCACGUGGUGACGGCCAGCGCUGACGGAACGAUUAUGAUUUGGGAAUAUCCGCUCGAGGAGGUUUUGGAGGACUCCAAGAGCGUGAAACAGUCGGGAAGAGCCGCUAGCUCGAUACGUAGCGUGCCCGACGAGGAUGUGGAUAAAUUAGCUUCGCAAAAAGCGGAGGAUGUUGAAAGCGUCGCGGCGGAUCGGACCGUACGAUCUACCAAAAAAUCUAGUUCAUCAUGUACAAGUGAUCAGAAGCCGUUAUCAGGUGCUUCUGAUCGGAGCAAAGAUUCCAAAAAGGAGACCAUCGAGGAAAGAACGUCCGUCUGCAAAUGUACGUCGCGGAGCUCAGUAAGCUCGAAAUCAAGCACAGGCACACCGAACCAAUGCAAAGACGCUAAGAGCGAUAAAUCGUCUGACAAAGCAAGGACGACGGAAAAACCGAAGGAGUCUUCGGAUUCAUGCAGCAAAAGAUCCAUUACGUCAAAGACAUAAUGCACAAUCAUUUCUUUAGACCGAUUAAUUUACUCGAGAUUCUAAUAUUAUUAUAUUUAAAGGAUGAUGCGCACAAUAAAACUAUUGUACAACA